CUGUUGACACACACCUCAGCGCACGCUCUAAGCCACGAAGACAGACACUCAUUGCUUCUAAUCACUGGUGGGAUGGAGGGGGGAUAGCCGUGUAGAUAUAUCUGCAUACCUCUUUUUUUCUUUUUAUGUUGUUUUUCUUUCUUUCUUUUUAUUUUUCUGGUACCGCCAACGCUCUUCAUGGAACUGACUGGCUUGGGGAGGACAGAAAAAGCAAUUCAGAAAGCGCGCUGAACUCAUCAGCUGACAUCAGCUUAAAACCGGGGGAAAUUUCUCUAUUUUGCAGCUGCCCUGUGUUGAGGACGAACGGCCGCUACGCACACUUAUCAACGUCACUGUCACUGCCAUGCCUCGAUCUGGAGUUCCCCAGCAUGCUUAGUUCUCUCUUCUACCUAAUCGCUCGGGCCUUCUGAUGCCUUCAUGACUCCAGGCCACCUGGUUCACAACUACCCAGUCCACUUCUACACCUGCUGGAAUCAUCCAGACACAUCCCUUGCAAAGGGUUACCUUUGCACUUGAUGCAUGGAUCCUGAAAGGACCGGGGGCAAAGGAAAGAGGAAGACCAUGCUCCUCUGGUGGAUUUUACUUUUCUCCCAAGGAUCUGUAUUUCACAGUGUUUGUGGGGAACUCCCUUUUGUGUCAAGCAACAAUGCAGCCAUGCUGGUAAACUGGAAUGCUGUUAACGGAAACAAGAAGCUGAUCGCCAUCUAUGACACCAGCGUCAAUGAACCGGGCAACAUGUCUUUUGUGAAGGAGACGGUGGAUAAACUACUUAAAGGAUACGACAUCCGACUGAGGCCGGACUUUGGAGGGCCCCCUGUCGCUGUUGGCAUGAGCAUAGACGUGGCCAGCAUAGACAUGGUGUCAGAAGUCAACAUGGACUACACAUUGACUAUGUAUUUCCAGCAGUAUUGGAGGGACAAGCGCCUGGCCUAUGUGGGAAUCCCUCUCAACCUGACACUUGACAACAGGGUUGCUGACCAGCUCUGGGUCCCCGACACCUACUUUCUCAAUGACAAGAAGUCUUUCGUCCAUGGAGUCACAGUCAAAAACCGCAUGAUCCGCCUGCAUCCAGAUGGGACUGUCCUCUAUGGACUCAGGAUAACUACAACAGCAGCAUGUAUGAUGGAUCUCAGGAGGUAUCCUCUGGAUGAACAGAACUGCACUCUGGAGAUAGAGAGCUAUGGCUACACCACAGACGACAUCGAGUUCUACUGGAAGGGAGGCGAGUCGGCUGUGACGGGGGUGACACGGAUCGAGUUGCCUCAGUUUUCCAUUGUCGAUUACAAGCUGGUGUCCAAGAACGUAGUCUUUUCCACAGGUGCCUACCCUCGACUGUCUCUGAGCUUCAAGCUGAAGAGGAACAUCGGCUACUUUAUUUUGCAGACGUACAUGCCAUCAAUCCUAAUUACCAUCCUCUCCUGGGUGUCCUUCUGGAUAAACUAUGAUGCGUCAGCAGCCAGAGUGGCUCUAGGGAUCACCACUGUGCUAACCAUGACCACUAUCAACACCCAUUUGAGGGAGACACUCCCAAAGAUCCCCUACGUUAAGGCUAUUGACAUGUACCUGAUGGGCUGCUUCGUCAUGGUUUUUCUGGCCCUGCUUGAGUACGCCUUCGUCAACUACAUCUUCUUCGGGAGGGGCCCACAAAUGCAAAAGAAACUGGCAGAGAAGGCAGAAAAGGCCAACAACGAGAGGGCGGCUAAGUACGACGCGGCAAGGGAGGCAGGUAGUAGGACCGCGUCCCUAAAACGGUCCAAUCAGGUUAAAGGUCUUCGCCACUCACGCUCGGCAGAGCCACAUGGUCAUGGGAACAUUCUGCUGACCACCCUGGAAAUCCAUAAUGAAGUGGCAGGAAGUGAGAUCACCACCAGCGUGGCAGACAUUAGGAACUCUCAGUCCAUGGUGCAGCUGGACAGCACUGCCUCAUCGCACAUCCAGUAUCGCAAGCAGAGUGGCGGAAUCGGUCCAUGUUCUGCUAGCCGUCACUCCCUGGACCGCUCCGCUCAGAUGAAACGCAGCCGCCUGCGGAGGCGGUCCUCGCAGUUAAAAAUCAAAAUCCCCGACCUGACGGAUGUAAAUGCCAUUGAUCGCUGGUCACGGAUCAUUUUCCCUUCCGUGUUCUCAAUCUUCAACCUCAUCUACUGGCUCUACUAUGUCUGAUUGGACUGUUUUGUUGAGGUGUUUUAUUCUGGUUUGUUUUUUUGUUGUUGGUUUUU